UGGGAACUGCACUGGAUAUUUAACAAAUCAGCAAUCUUAACUCCAACAUCAACCCGGCUCUUGCUUAUCGACAGAGAAUCCGAGGAAGGAGAUUGUUUAUUGCGGAACGGAAGACCGAGAGACUUCAAGUCCCAACUUUUUUUUUUCUUUUUUUUUUUCCCGCGUCCAUUUUAUCAGCUGGAAGAUUGAGCUGAAGAUAUCACCGCGCCUUGUCCGCUCUUGUCCUUUCCCCUACUCUACACAGCUCCUUCUCUUCCAAUACCUUCUCUCUCUCUCUCUUUUUCUCUCUCUUUUCCUUUUAUUCCCGUUGAAGUAAGAAUAAGGAACUGUGACUGGUUUACUUCAACUUUGUUCUUUUGAACUUCAAACGUUUGAUGUUGUUACAUUGUACCGGACGCAGAGCCGCAGGAGGACUGAAGAUGUGCUGAACGUCUGCACCUUCUGCUUUCAAAGAAACAAGGUUGUUUUAUCAGCCAGAAUCGGCAUGUUUUACUGUCAGGAUGUGUCCUAAAAGUGCUUUUUCGUGAGCAGAUGGUUUGAAGAUCGAGUGACAAGAAGCGAAGAGAUGGAAACUGCUACACAGGGAUUCCUGCUGCUUCUGACUUUGAUGGUUUUAAAAGGAAACCCAGUUCACGCAGAAACAGAAAAAAAGGUGACCUGUGCAUGUGAAAAUGCAUGUCACGACAAACGGACAUGUAUAGGAUAUGUCUGCUUCUUCACCCUGUCCGAAGGCCAGGAACGCAGAGGCUGCUUUGAGAAAGCACAAAAGGAGCAAUGUUUUGUCCCACUCAUCCCCGGCAUCUACGCCGAGUGUUGCCACACUGACUACUGCAACGCCAACUUAACAGUACCCAAGGGACCAGUAGAGCCAACUGAAUCCGGAGAUGUGAUUGUGCUGGUGGCCGUGCCUCUGCUGGUGCUGCUUUUGCUGUCCGUCGCGGUGUGUGUCUUUGUGUUGUGGCUACGCUCCAAGCGACAGCACCACCAUCUGCAGGAACAUGACCCCCCCAUGCUCAAAGUGCCCAGUGGAGGAGACCCAACCUAUGGGGAUAUCUUUGAUGAGUUUUGCACAUCAGGUAGUGGGACCGGCCUGCCUUACCUGGUGCAGAGGACCAUGGCUCGGCAGAUCUCCUUAGUGGAGUGUGUCGGUAAGGGCCGUUAUGGAGAGGUGUGGAGAGGCACGUGGAUGGGGGAGAACGUGGCUGUGAAAAUCUUCUCCUCUCGAGAUGAACAGUCCUGGUUCAGAGAGACUGAAAUAUACAACACUGUCCAGUUGAGACAUGAGAACAUUCUGGGUAAGUCUCGCAUACUUUACACAAUCAGAUCUUUUAUUCUAUUUAUCUUUAGAUAG